AUGGCUUGCUUUUCGCUGGUUCUCCCUUAUAUUGUCCUGUCGCUCAUAGCACAUAGCUUGGCCGACAUGCCACACAGGCUUUACCUGAGUGAUUCUCGCAGUGACCCCGAUGUCCGGACACAAGACGGAUUUUUUUGUGGGCAUCACAGACCCAGAGGUCUGCAUUACCGCAAACAUGAGGUUUUCACCGGAAUCCCGUACGUGUCAGCAUCGGGAAAUAGAGACGUCGCCAUAAAAUACGCAAAAACAACCGUGCUCGGGUUUCAACUAUAUUACGUUUACCAUAUCCGCACCAAGGGCCUUACACCAGGCGUCGUUCAGAGCAUCGCGGCCAAGUACGAAGAGAAAGGCCUCACAUAUCCUUAUCCUGAUGAGGAUGAGUAUGCGGUAACAGGAUGUGUGCCUUGGAAGCAAGUCAAAGGAAUAACCUGCGCCUAUCCAGGAUUUCUACCGGCGUACAGCCCCAAAUGGACGUUGUGCUUCUCAUAA